UUAGGUGAAUACUACUAUAGACGCAAUGGUUGAGAAGUACCUUUCAGUUAAUCAGCUUCUCCAGAGCAAAUACAUUAGGUUGUAACAAAUAAGGAUUGGUGAUCACUUUAUAUUCCCACCGAUUUAUAGUUCAAUUACCAUGACUUCCUCCUCUUAAACAACAUUCACAGUCACUGACAAUGAUCAACAAGCUACAUGCAGGUUAACUCAAAAUAGCAAAAUAUAAAACCAAAAUUAAGACAACUACCCUUUGACAUUUUCAGAAAUGUUUUCAUAGUCAUUUUUUGAACUGAAACCCAUGGGUUCUCGUUAUUUCUUUUUCUAUUCAAGUUUUUGCUGGAACUUUUCCAGACUCCUUGGAAAAUCAUAAGAUAACAUGUUUGGGGCGUGGAGAGGCGGAGACAAGUCACGUGACACGCAACCCGGUAGUAGCGGCAAACCAGCGGUAGUAAACGAGCUUUCAAAAGCCAUUUUUCUCUACUCACUGCCGUUUAAUUAUUUUGGAUUUGUAUCCCCACUGACGUCAUGCUUCCCGCAGCUGCAGUGUUUCGUUUCCCGUGGGAGGUGAACUCCGGAGGGGUGCAGGAAGGAGAAUCAGUGAGGGUGAUUGGCAGACUUGUCUGCUAUCAGCCUGAGGAGUCCAGGGCGACACUGUCGGCUCAGCAUGCUUCUAAAGAGCACCGUGUGGCAGUCCACACUUUGUUUGUGGAGCCUUUUAACCCAAUAAUUGGGGCCCAGUAUUUAGUUCUGGGUGAGAUUGAAAAUGCAGAGGGGGUUGGUGCAAUGAUCCGUGCCCGUGUGCUGAACUGCGUUGACGGAGUCAACGUUGCCCUUCUACAGAACGCCAUCAACGAGCAAAGGAGCUUCUUCAUGGAGAGGGAGCAAACAAGAGACGAUGCACAUGCAACCUGAACAUGCGGCUCGAUGAGCAUCGAGACUGCAGCCACGUCUCUGCGGCUGUUUGCUGAGGUGCAACGAAGGGGUGUGUGAACUUGAAGAGCGUUUGGUUGACUCUAGAAGAUAGUUGACUGUGUUGUCUAUCUCUGACCAUUACAGUUAAGCAGUCUCUGGGUUUGCUAUUUGGAAGUUAUAGCCACAUGAGUAUUACUAGUCUUAAGAUUGUCAAUUUUGAUCCCAUAUCAUUCAAAAUUGCUUUAAAAGGGGACAAAAGUCAUCUGUGGGCCACAGGCUUUGUAUAAACACAACACUAUGUGUGAAACCCCUUUGAGUUAUUUGUACCUUGUAGAGAUAUCUAUUAAGCCAUCUAUUGGAUAUUGCAUGACUGGUUCCAAUAUUAAUUCAAAUUAAUUAUGUUAUGCCUUUUAUCCAAGUAACGACCAUAAAAUGAAUAAACAUCGAUGGAUGCUUGGUCCAUGCUCUGUACACACGUUUUAAUUCUCUUUGAACAGUAAGGACUGCACCAUCUAAUGACUGCUUUAAGAAGUGAUGAUAGCUGAUGCCUGACAGGUGCACAGAUAUUUAAGUUGUUGUUUAGGUCCCAAAGAUUAUGUUUUUACUCAAAGAAUGAUUGAAUUUGACAUUACGUGCUUGAAAGUAAAUGUUGAGAUG